UAUGAUAAUAGAUUGAACAAUUAUUAUUUGAUUAUAAAAUUUUAUAUUAAUAUUUGAGUGUUAAUUUAAUAUGGAUGAUAGUAAUAAUUAUCAAAUUGAUGUUUGGAAAGGUGAUUGGGGUUUGCCAUCAAUUGAUAUACAAUGUUUGCAAGUUUUGGCAUAUGCUAAAUUCAGUGAUGUUCCAUUGACAAUAAGAGAGAUAAAUAAUCCAUUUAGAACACCAAGAGGCCUAUUACCAGUACUACGAUAUGAUAAUAAAAGUCUUGAUUCACCAGAUGAUAUUAUUCAAUUUUUUCGUAAAAUGAAUUACACAUGUGAUGAUUCAUUAACACCAAAACAAUGUGCUGAUAUUGUUUCAUAUGAUCACAUGCUAAAAGAAUCACUUUAUCCAGCAAUGCAAUACAUAUGGUGGAUUGAUCAAAAAAAUUUUACAGAACUUAUGAGACCGUGGUAUGCAAAAGCAAUACCAUUUCCAUUGAAUUUUUAUUAUCCAUCACAGUAUGAAAAACAAGCACAAGCAAUGAUGGAAUCAUUAUAUCCAAAUGAAGAAUCAAUGAGUGCUAUUGAAACAAAUAUUUAUUCAAAAGCACAAAAAUGUAUAACGUUAUUAUCAAAUAGACUUGGUGAUGACUCGGAUUAUUUUUUUGGUACAAAACCAACUUAUCUUGAUGCAAUUGUUUAUUCAUAUUUAGCACCAUUAUUAAAGCUACCAUUACCAAAUUCAUCAUUACAAAAUCAUUUGAAAGCAUGUACAAAUCUUGUUAAAUUUAUAUCAAAAAUAUCACAACGUUAUUUUGAACAGGAUUAUCAAAAUUAUGAAAAAAUUAAAGCUAAAGAACAGCCAAAAAAUAAUUGUGAUGAUGUUGAUAUUGAAUUUCCACAUAAAAGAAGAAAUCAAUUUAUUGCUGGUUUCAUUGCAACUUUAGCUAUGAUUAGUUAUGCAUUAUUUACUGGUAUUGUUGAGGUAACACCAAUAAGAGAUGAUGAUGAUACAUUGGAUGAUCAUGAAGAUUACAUGGAUGAUAUAGAUGACUGAAAUUUAUUGUUUUUUUUCUUGUUAAAUAAAGAAAAAUAAAAAAUUACAUGUAAAUUUGUUGUUGAAUUAAUUUGUUUAUCAGAGUCAUUUGAUAAUUGUAUACAUUUGAAAAGAAAUGAUAAAUAAAUAUUUUUUAAAAA